CCUCGCCCGCCUGCCUGCCUGCCUGCCUGCCGGGGAAGGAGGUCGGCGCGGCGCAGGGCCCGGCCUGCCGGCUGGCAACCACGGCGGCGGCGGCGGGCCAGGGCCGGCCGUGCUGCUGCUGCUGCUGCCUCUGCGCGUCCAGCGGGGCCGGCUGCUGCUGCCGCCCUUGCUGCGGGGCUGGAGGAGCCAAGGCGGCGGGCCUGCUCCGCGCGGGGAUGGCGGGGCCCUCGGGGCGCUGCCAGGCGGGCAGGCUCUUGCUGCUGCUGCUGCUGCCUGGCCGGGCGGGAGGCUGGGCUGGGCAGCAGAGGAGAGGCGGCUCCGGGCAGCCAGGGCGGGAGGGGCGGCGGCUGCGCUGCUGCUGCUGCUGCUGCUGACCUGGCCGGUGUCAGCCCGGGGGCAGCGAGCCGCCAAGCAGGGAGCCCGCCGGGCCGCGCGGGAGGCGGGGGCUUGGCCGGGGGCUGCCGAGUCGCGCCGCGCCCCCACCACGCUCCCCCCGCCCCGUCUCGGCUUGUCCUGCAGAUGCUGCUCGGGCAGCCCCGCCGCCGCCGCCGCCGCCGCCGGGAUGAAGCUGAAGAAGCAGGUGACGGUCUGCGGGGCGGCCAUUUUCUGCGUGGCCGUCUUCUCCCUCUACUUGAUGCUGGACCGGGUGCAGCACGACCCCGCCCGGCACCAGAACGGCGGCAACUUCCCGCGGAGCCAGAUUUCGGUGCUGCAGAACCGGAUUGAGCAGCUGGAGCAGCUCCUGGAAGAGAACCACGAGAUCAUCAGCCACAUCAAGGACUCGGUGCUGGAGCUGACGGCCAACGCAGAGGGCCAGCCGGCCGUGCUGCCCUUCCACAUGCCCAAUGGCUCCUGGGUGCUGCCCCCAGAAAGCCGGCCCAGCUUCUACGCGGUCUCCUCCCAGGACUGCCAGUUUGCCCUGGGGGGCAAGAGCCAGAAGGCAGAGCUGCAGAUGCUGGCCCUGUCUGCGCUGCUCCCCUACGACAACCAGGACGGCGGGGUGUGGAAGCAAGGCUUCGACAUCACUUACGAGCCCCAGGAGUGGGGCACGGAGCCUCUGCAAGUCUUCGUGGUGCCGCAUUCCCACAACGACCCAGGCUGGAUCAAGACCUUCGACAAGUACUACUUCGACCAGACGCAGCACAUCCUGAACAGCAUGGUGGUGAAGCUGCAGGAAGACCCCCGGCGACGGUUCAUCUGGUCCGAAAUCUCCUUCUUCUCCAAAUGGUGGGACAACAUCAGCAGCCAGAAGCGGGCUGCUGUCCGCAGGCUGGUGGGCAACGGGCAGCUGGAGAUGGCCACCGGAGGCUGGGUGAUGCCCGACGAAGCCAACGCGCACUACUUUGCCAUGAUCGACCAGCUCAUCGAGGGCCACCAGUGGCUGGAGAAGAACAUGGGGGUGAUGCCGCGCUCGGGCUGGGCCGUGGAUCCCUUUGGACACAGCUCCACCAUGCCGUACCUCCUGAGGCGCGCCAACCUGACCAGCAUGCUCAUCCAGCGGGUCCACUACGCCGUCAAGAAGCACUUCGCAGCCACCCAGAACCUGGAGUUCAUGUGGAGGCAGAGCUGGGAUCCCGAUUCCAGCACAGACAUCCUCUGCCACAUGAUGCCCUUCUACAGUUACGACGUGCCCCACACCUGCGGCCCGGACCCCAAGAUCUGCUGCCAGUUUGACUUCAAGCGCCUGCCGGGAGGGCGCAUCAACUGCCCCUGGAAGGUGCCGCCCAAGGCCAUCACCAGCGCCAACGUGGCCGAGCGGGCGCAGCUCCUGCUCGACCAGUACCGGAAGAAGGCCAAGCUCUAUCGCAGCCCAGUGCUGCUGGUGCCGCUGGGGGACGACUUCCGCUACGACAAGCCCCAGGAGUGGGACGCCCAGUUCCUCAACUACCAGCGCCUCUUCGACUUCCUCAACGCCCACCCGGAGCUCCACGUCCAGGCCCAGUUCGGGACCCUUUCAGACUACUUUGAUGCCCUGUACAAGCGGAUGGGCAUCGUGCCCGGCAUGCGCCCGCCCGGCUUCCCCGUCGUCAGUGGGGACUUCUUCUCCUACGCGGACCGAGAAGACCACUACUGGACGGGCUACUAUACCUCCCGGCCCUUCUACAAGAGCAUGGGGCGGGUGCUGGAGGCCCACCUCCGGGGCGCCGAGAUCUUGUACAGCCUGGCCCUGAGUCACGCCCGCCACGCUGGGAUGGACAGCAAGUACCCGCUCUCGGACUACGCCUUGCUGACCGACGCCCGGCGCAACCUGGGCCUCUUCCAGCACCACGACGCCAUCACGGGCACGGCCAAGGAGGCGGUGGUGGUGGACUACGGGGUCCGGCUGCUUCACUCCCUGAUGAACCUCCAGCGGGUCCUCAUCAAUGCCGCACAUUACCUGGUGCUGGGCGACAAGGAGGCCUACCACUACGACCUGGCCGUGCCCUUCCUUGGCGCCGACGAGACGCGUCUCAACCAGGACUCCCUGCCGGAGAAAACGGUCAUCAAGCUGGACGCAGCGCCCAGGUUUGUGGUUGUCUUCAACCCCCUGGAGCAGGAGCGCCUGAGCGUCGUCUCCCUGCUAGUGAACACGCCCCGCGUCCGCGUCCAGAGCGAGGAGGGGCAGCCCCUGGCUGUGCAGCUCAGCGCCCAGUGGAGCUCUGCCACCGACAUGGCGCCCGACGUCUACCAGGUGUCCAUCAUGGCACGCCUGCCAGCCCUGGGCCUCAGCAUCCUGCAGCUGAGCAAGUCUUUUGACAGCCACAACACGCUCAAGUCGGCGGUGCGCCUCUUCCUCCACGGCCGUGACCUCCCCGUGCGCAAGCACGACGCCUUCCCGGUGCGCGUGGUCCCCACUGCCACGGAUGACUUUUGCCUGGAGAAUCAGCACUUGCGGGCCUGCUUCUCAGGGCCCAGUGGGGCACUCAAGAGCCUCUCCCCGGUGGGAGACGAGCAGGAGCAGCGGCUGAGCAGGCAGUUCCUUCUCUACGGGACCCGCAGCACCAAAGACAAGAGCGGCGCCUACCUCUUCCUGCCGGACGGAGAGGCCAAGCCCUACGUCCCCAAGGACCCCCCUGUGGUGCGGGUGACGGAGGGACCCUUCUUCUCGGAGGUGGCCGUUUACCACCAGCACGUCCAGGAGGUUGUCCGGCUCUACAACGUGCCAGGUGUGGACGGGCUUUCCCUGGAGAUCUCCUGCCUGGUGGACAUCCGUGACCACGUCAACAAGGAGCUGGCCCUGCGGUUCAGCACCGACAUUGAGAGCCAGGGGGCUUUCUUCACCGAUCUGAAUGGCUUCCAGAUCCAGCGCCGGCAGUAUCUGAAGAAGCUCCCUCUCCAGGCCAACUUCUACCCCAUGCCGGUCAUGGCCUACAUCCAGGACCAGCAGAGCCGCUUGACCCUGCAGACGGCUCAAGCCUUGGGUGUCUCCAGCCUCAGCAGUGGCCAGCUGGAGGUGAUUCUGGACCGGAGGCUGAUGCAGGACGACAACCGGGGCCUGGGGCAGGGGCUGAAGGACAACAAGAGGACCUGCCACCGCUUCCGCCUCCUGCUGGAGCGCCGCAGCCCAGCUCCGAAGAGCUCCGGCUUCUUUUCCAAACUGGCCUCCGUGUUUAGAGACUUGGUCUUUCCCAGCAGCAAGGCUGACAGCCAAGAGGUCCCGGACAGCCAGCCCACCGGCUUCCCCUCCCUCCUGAGUCACGUGACUUCCAUGCACCUGAACGCGGAGGUGCUGGCCAUGCGGGUCCUCCAGGAGAAGCCGGCCCCUCCGGCCCUCCGCUCCUUCCUGCCCCUCUCGGCCACCCUGCCCUGCGACUUCCACCUCCUCAACCUGCGGAUGCUGCAAGGCGAGGACGACUCUCUGCCCUCGACCGAGGCGGCGCUGAUCCUGCACCGCAAGGGCUUCGACUGCAGCCUGGAGGCCAGGAACCUGGGCUUCAAUUGCACCACCAGCCAGGGCACGCUGCCCCUCGGCAGCCUUUUCCAGGGCCUGGAGGUGAUCUCCUUGCAGCCCUCUUCUCUGACCCUGAUGUACCCGCUGGCCAGCUCCUCCCCCAACAGCACCACCGUCCACCUGGACCCCAUGGAAGUGGCCACCUUCCGCCUUCGCCUGGGGUAGCAGCAACCUGACUGGCCACCCCCCCCCACGCUGAGCGAGCCGGAUGGGCCACCGGGGCUCCUCUGCCCAGGCGGAAGUGCCUCAGCAGCACGAGGACGCUGUGCAGGCCGCCGGCCAGACUCUUCUCCAUUCACUCCCUUGGAAGCUGCUGCGUCAAAGGCCAGAGCGGGCUGUGCCCACUGGGGGGCGAGAUCAUAGCCACUGACGGCCACCGAGGCUUGCGGGGCCAGCUGGGCUGACCAGGAGGCUGCUGCGGCUGCGGCUGCUGUGGAGACCUCCACUCCCGCCCCCCUCCUCCUCCUCCUCCUCCUCCCUCUCGGCGACCACGAUCCGUGCGCUUGCGCGUCCUCACGCCCCGAGGCGGGAAAUGGACUUGAUGUCGCAAACACUGGAUGGAAACGGAGCCUGUGAGCUUCCUGGAGCUCAGGACAAGCUUUUAGUCAAGAAAACCUGUUUUUGGAA